UGCAGCCGGGACUGUACAGAGAAGGCCAUGUGGAUGCUGCAGGUGAUCGUGCUGUGUGUGCUGGCGGUGGCUCAAGCCGCCCCACCCCAGGACAAGGGCUUGAUUAUAAACCUGAAUAACGGUGAGCUGUGCAUGAUCAGUAUGCAGUGUAAGAGCUCCUGCUGCCACCGGCCCACCGGGUUGAGCCUGGCCCGCUGUGCUCCCCAGGCGGCUGAGAACCAGGAGUGCUCCAAGAAGACCCUGUACGGAACGUACUACCGCUGCACCUGUGAGAGUGGGCUGAAGUGUGAGGGGGACUUAUCCAUCGGGGGCUCCAUCACCAACACCAACUUUGGCACCUGCGAGGACCCCAAGGGGAAGGCCGCCACCAUCUGAGCCCGUGGCCGGGGCUAAACUUGAGGCGCAGUCUCAAAUAAACACGUCAGAGACAAUAAAUCCUCUGGCCUCAAUCAA